CUGUACAUAUUUAAUAUAUUCCUCGAUGUUUGGAAAUUGUUUUAGAAGAACAAUUAUAUACAUAUAUAAAGCGUUACUUAACUGUAUGUUACAUCCUUAAUUACAGGAAACAGGAUACUGUUAUAAUUAUGAUGUAUAUAUUUAAUAGCCAAUGGAGUGCCACUUAUAACACAAUAUUGUUGCAUUCAUAGCCAUAUUGCUAGUAAUGUUUUUGCUCCAGUGUCCAAAUUUUUGUCGAAAUGGCCUCGAAUAAAGUGUGCAGUUUCAAACAAAAAUCUAGUGUCAAAAGGUCUAUAAUUAUACCAAAGAAAAACAAAUGAGCAGCUAGACUUUGUCCUAUAGACAAAGGUAAGUCAUUUUUUGUCGAUCAAUGUUCAUGCAAAGCAAGAAAGCAUAGCGAUAGAACUCUUUUACAAUCGACAGAUGUGAUAUCAAUAUUAAUAUGUUUCAGCCGGCCUUUCAAAUUGUACAACUCGGUUAGGUUAUUGGGUGACACAUUCGACUGUACCCGAUAUGGAUUAUUACGUCAGUGAAAGUAUGAUGUCAUUUCCGGCGUGUAACUCUCAUUGUAAUCAGCUUGGUUACUGUGCCAACAUAGCAGAAAAACUUGGUACGUUUUUAGUAACUAGAGAGUUUACUGACGCAAUGUGCUUGUCGUUGUCAGAUGUUUGGGUGCAUAAAAUAGAGCAAGAAAGCCGGUGCUACAUCAUGUCUAACAGAAGUUUUAAUCGACCGAUAUCAUGUCAUACACAUGAAUCAACCACCAGAUGUUUGUGCCAGAGAAGAGCAGAUGAAUCGUAUAUGAAAGGAAAAAACUUCUGUGUGGAUUAUACGCGGAGAUCCGGCCAUAUGGCGACUUUGGCCUGUAAAUAUAAAUGGAAUAGCACAGUUGUCAAAUUCAGCGAUCCUCUACAAUACAUUAAGCUCGCCAAGAUAUUGAAAUUAAAAGCUGGCCAAUAUUUAUUGGAAGAUCUAAUUCCAGACGGGAGAGUUAGGCAGGGAGAUAAUUGUUUGACGUUAUCAGUAACCGAUGAGGAGACGAGUUUUCUUCAAGAAAAAGACUGCAAACAACACAAUUUUUACAUUAUAUGCUCCAAGUCAUCAAAUACCACUGCAGUUCUGUUAAAUCCUUAUACCGUAAAUAAAGAAAAGACAAGCAAGGGUAUUUCAACAUUGAAAAGUGCAAAGGAUAACCGGACAAUUGCUAAAGUGCUCGGCGGUAUAGGUGUGCUAGUACUUGUAGUUUUCCUAGCACUAUUUUUUGUUUUUGACUUUGGAAAUCUUGUUAAGACGUGUAAGAAAAAACGGGUUUUUAAGAAUAAAAUUACUAGAAUUAGGGUUCAACCUCUACAGCCUGCUGUUUAAUGACCUAACGAUUGAACGAUAAGAUAUGUAGAUGAUAGUCUCUGUUGUUACUGACUUUACUUGUGACAUUUUUCUUAUUGGUACUUUUAUUAAAUCAUUGAAAUCGUUUGUAAGUGAAUUGUAUCAGAUUAAUUCCAAAGAGGAGCUAAUAAGAGACUGACAUCUCA